AUGCAAAAUAUAGACAUAUCAAAUGAUCAACAGGAAGUGGACCAUGAAGACGUAAAUCAUGACAACCAAGAAGAGGAAGAAAACGAAGACAAUCAUGAAGAUGAUGUGAACAAUGAGAACCAAGUUCAGGGUCAACAAGUCGCAGUUCAACCCUUGGUAACUAGGUCUGGUCGUGUGAUAACAAAACCACGUUAUCUCAAUGAAUAUGUUUUAUUCGCAGAAGCAGAGAGUUGCAGUCUGUUCUUAACAAUAGAUGGAGAACCGGAGAACUACUUUGAAGCUGGGAAAAUUAAAGAAUGGAUCGAUGUUAUGAAGGCUGAAAUAGACUCGAUUAUAAGGAACAAUACAUGGGAACUUGUAGAAAAACCGGUCGGCAUGAAACCUAUAGGAGUUAGGUGGGUUUAUAAACUCAAAAGAAAAGCUGAUGGUUCGGUGAACAAGUAUAAGGCGAGGUUAGUUGCAAAAGGAUAUGUGCAACAACAAGGUACAGACUUCAACGAGGUGUUUGCUCCGGUAGCAAGAGUCGAAACUAUAAGGCUACUGAUAGCACUUGCAGCAACAAGAGGUUGGGAGAUUCACCACUUAGACGUGAAGACAGCUUUCCUCAAUAGUGAGCUAAAAGAAGAGGUCUAUGUUACUCAACCUAAGGGGUUCGAGAAAAAAAGGAGAAGAGGAUCGAGUGUAUAA